GCUGACUGGAACGUCCCACUGCGCUGUGCGGCCAUGGCUGUGAAAACCACGGGGAUUUAAAUUCCCGAAAAAUGGGAUAACCUUUCGUUGUUGUCAUGUGUUAGUGUAGCAGAUAUAAUGUUUGAGUUUACACAACAAUAAAUAUUUUUCAUAAUCAUACACAGUCCGCUUAAUUUUGAGUGUUAACGGACAGGCUCGCACCGUUCCAAUAUGGUGGACGACCUACGAAGGUAAAGCAAAAAGUGCUGUCAUGUAAUUAAGACGUUUAUUAUUUUAUUGGCUUUGCUGUGGUGGAUUUUCAUAUCGUGAUCACGUGAUAUGAGCCAAGUGGGAAAUCGAAAGUAAACUAUAAGAAGACUUAAGUUGCCUCUCUUGAAGAAAUAAUGCUCUCUGAGACAAGAAAAGUUGUCGGACCAAACUAAGUUCAGAAGACAGAAACCGAAUGAGAAAACAAAGGAAAGACAGCAGGGAGAACAGAUUCAAAACUGAGCAUAUCGUCCUAAUUUAAGAUGGAUGAUAAAUCAAACCAAGGUUUACCAAGUCAUACCUGCUCAGGAGAGCCACCUGCUGGCACUAAAGGAAAUUCUUCAAGUCCUGUGGACGUCAAAGUUAAUGGAAAAACUGGAAAGAAGAAAAAGAAUAAACACAGACAAAGAACUGCAUGUCAAAAGAUAACAGAUUCUGUGUGCUCCAGCGUCACCGUUGAAGAUCAGUCAUCAACUUUACAACAGAGGUCUAAGCAGACCAAAAAAAGGUGUGCAAGGUCAAAGCAAGAAAAAAGUGCACAGCAAACAUCAGAUAGAUCUACCCGCGACCAGUCGACCCAAACGGAGUCUCCCCAGUCUGUCCAAACACAGACUGAAACUCCUUCAGAUCAGGGUAUAGACUCACCAGCAACAGAAUCAAAGUCCACCCAAACACGUCAGACCAGUUUUACCUUGCACCAGGCAUACUGGGGAAAAUCUCCAACUGAUGACGGAGCGGUUGAUGAGCAGGCACCUCAGUCUAAUUCCACUAGCAACCAACUGACUGUGAUCUCCUGGAACAUAGAUGGUCUGGAUCUAGAAAAUGUUUAUUCCAGAAGUAAAGGCCUGCUGUCACAUUUAGGAAAGUACCGUGCGGAUGUGGUACUGUUGCAGGAGCUGAUUCCUCCUUAUUUGAAUCUUUUACAGAGCAUCAUGAAAGAUUACGAGUUUGUGCUAGGCAAUCAGGAGGGCUAUUUCACUGGGAUUUUGCUUAGAAAAGGCAGAGUGCAAUUUCUUGAGAGCAACAUUGUAAAGUAUCCCACCACAGAGAUGGACAGAAAUCUUCUAAUUGCAAAUGUGAGCUUUCUAGGUCGUCCAUUGUGCAUUAUGACAUCUCACCUGGAAAGCUGCAAGGCUAACUCGCAGGAACGUUUGAACCAGCUACGCAGAGUCUGGAAAUGGACGAAAGAGGCACCGCUGGACCAUACGGUUAUAUUUGGAGGAGAUACCAACCUUAGGGAUUGGGAGGUGAAAAAGCUUGGAGGGCUUCCGAAUGGUAUCUUCGAUGUGUGGGAGAUGUUGGGGGAACCAGAAGAGAGCAGAUAUACCUGGGACACGUCCAUCAACGAUAACAAGGAAAUACCUAAUUCUAUACGCCUACGAUUUGACCGACUUUUCCUCAGGCCUGCAGCGGAAGGUGCUCAGGUACAGCCUGAAACCAUGGCUCUGAUUGGUCUGGAGAAGCUGAAGUGUGACUAUUUCAUUAGCGAUCACUGGGGCAUCCUUUGCACAUUUUUAUAUGGGUCGGCAUAGGAACCGUGUGUCACGCAAUGAUUUUAGUUUUCACGGCCUGGAUAAAGUAAUGGCUCUGUAUCAUAAGAACAUUACACCUUUUAAACAAGCUAUUGCUGAUAAACUUGAUGAUUGUCAUCAUAAGCAUUUGAACUCCAGUUUAAAGCAUUGCCAUGUAAACCUAAGACUAACUGUAUAUCUAUAUGUAGAUAUAAGUAGAUUUUAAUUGUAUUAAAAAGGUCAUGUUUCUUUCUGCAUGCUACAACACAUAAGUAUGAAAUUGCUUGAUUUGUCCACUAGAGGGAACCCAAAGAACAGCCUGUUAUUCCCCUUCGAGCUUCGACCUUUAAGGAAUAUUAACCAAAUAAAUGACUUGUAUUUAUUUUG